GAUAAAAUUCACACACACAAACACAAACUCAUUAUAUACCAUUUAUUUUCUCUAGAAUGAGCCAUUUUACUUGCUGCAGCCCCUGUACACCAUUGAACGUACCAUACACCGCACCAAUCAGCUGCACAUUACAGAAAGGAAGAUCUAUAACAAUCUGUGGAGUACCACGCUGUGGCGCUACCAGGUUUAGCGUUAACCUUGUGUGUGGAAGCAGCUUUGACUGUGAUGACGUGGCCUUCCAUUUUGACGUCCGCUUCAACUAUGGUCUAAGCCAGUGUACAGUGGUCAGAAACAGUCGUACAUGUGGACACUGGGGGACAGAGGAAGUGUGUGCCCCUUGCUUCCCUUUCAAUGUGAAUGUCCCAUUCGAGAUGAGAAUAUGCACCAAGUCGGAAAAGUUGAAAAUAUAUAUUAACAACAGCCAUUUCAUCGAUUUCAAGUACCGCCUUCCUGUUCAGAGAGUCACGUUCUUGCAUAUUCAAGGAGAUUUGAACCUGACACAAGUUGUUCUUUAGAAACAUAGUACAUAGAUAGGAAACAUAUGCACAUUAUGGUGCACACGUGUGAAUAUGUUUUGAUGUUUUUAAUCAGACUGGAUUGGUUGGAGAUUAUUGAGAAAGAGAGAGUAUGUGUGUGUGAGUCAGACACUGAGGAGAGAAACUUGAAAAACAAAAUAAGAGAGAGAGAGAGAGAGAGAGAGAGAGAGGAAAAGUUGCUUUUCUUAACAAAAGUAUUGAAUUCAUAUAUUUAAUAUUUUUAUUAUUGUAAAUUAUGUAGAAUCAAGUAAAUUAUAAAUGCUAAAAUAAUUACUCAAACUUUGAAGUCAGUAGAAAUUAUUCCCAUAAAAUAUAUACAUGCUAUGAAUACAUAGUUCAUUUCACACAUAUUUAACUAUAAAUUACAAUAAUAUACUUUAUGUCUAUACACCUAUAUCAGUCAUCUGUGCAUUAAUAGCAUGAACUAUUGGAUUCAUCACAUUUAUGUCUGUACAUUCUAGUUGUCAUAUAUAUAUAUUUAGUAGUCAUAUAUAUAUAAGGAGAAAUCUGAAUUAACAAAAAAAAAACAACUAAUUAAAUAGAAUUUAUAAUAAAAGGUCAUAGACCACAUAGGAUAAAGAAAAAUACAACGUUGAAUAAUGUAAUAUCUAUAAUAUAAAGCAAAAAGUAAGGCAUAUGUAUGUAGGCCUAUGUAUCUUAUCUUAUCUUAUAAAAUACAGACGUUACUUCAAAAAAGAUAAUUACGUUCUACGCAUUAUGCAUCUAGUCAUGCAUGUCAACCAAUGACUUAAAUUCUGCCAAGUCAUUGGUUUUCCUGGCUGGCUCAGGCAACCCAUUCCAUGUUCUUAAAGCACUAGGGAAGAAGGAGUAUUUGUAUGAAUUUGUCCUAGCAUAUGGAACGAGGAAUGUGCCUGUUAUGUAUGUAUGUAUGAACGUUAGUAUGUAUUUGCCAAUUCGAUCAGUCUUGAAAAACCUUAGCUUAAAUGUUCCUUGGAUACUAACGGGAAAUAUAAUGUAUCCUUACAACAAACGGAAGACUCUCAACAACAAAAAGUUGCCCAACUUAAUGAAAGUAUUCAUGGGAGCUUGGUCAUAUAGACAUGUUUGGGUUACAAGAGAUCACGCAUGCGCAGAACAGAAAAUCUCACAAUAGUGUUUGUAUAUAUGUACGAUACAUUCGUCUUCACUCUACAAAUACAUAAGUUUAAUCUAUAAAGCGUGGCUGUUUAUGUGUAGAAUGCCUAAAAAGGUUUGUUGCGUUAAGGGCAGAGACUUUUAAAACUUUGAAAGCGCUAUACUCAUCUUGUUUGUGUCUAUUCAACUUAAUACAAAAAAAUGGACAUUUCAAAAAGUAGAAGUCGUUAAAGCUUUUUUGUUGUCAUUUUCCAUAUUUCUGGCUAUUCUCUGUCUUCUGGUGUUUAAAAUGGCCUCGAGUAUCUGUUUAGAAUUGAACAGUAAUUGUAUCUUAAAUAAUGACUAAAUAUAAAAGAGAACAUGGUGACAUAAGUGAUAUGGUACACUUCAUAAUAUUUGUCCGAGGUCUGUGUACAUUAUAGUACUUGAAUUUCUUAGAAGAUUGAAUUACCUGUUUAUUUUUCACACAAUAGAUGACACAGAUAAAUAAACCCUGUUGGAAAAAAAUAAAACUUUAAUUAAACUUCCUAAGUCCGAAUAUUGCCAACUUCAUAACAUAAUGAAAUGAUUUAAUAACUUUUAUACAAAAAAAUCUCAUGAAUGUUUUUUUUUUCAUUUUCCUGAUAUGUGUACCAAUGUGUUGUACCGACGUUAAAUGUCUCUCUAUGGAGAUCCCAGUGGGUUACAAACUUAUACCAAUAUCAUUAAUAGCAAAUUUUUUAUCCAUCGACAUAUACCAAACGUUACUCACCUGAAAAGUAUUGAACAUGACGAAAAGGUAUUGUAUUGGCAAGAGAUCAGUCAGGAGAGACAAUAGGCCGAAUGUCCAGGUGAGGCCAAAUAAUGGAGUUAGAACCAUAAUGGUGCGAGCUGCUGACCUGAAUUGAAAAUAACUUGUGAUUUCAAAAGUGUAUUUCAUUAUACAGGUCAUAUGAAAUGACAGUAUGCUAUUGUAACAUUUUUGUCACCAAAAUGUAUUCCUUUGCUGCUUGUUAGCCUCAACAUCAAACUAAAACAUAAAUAAUGAAAUAUAUUGAUCUAUUGGAAUGUCACUAUUAUCCCUGCCAUAAUACGACACAUAAGACUAGUAUCUAAGACAUGAUUGUGUAUAAAGAGUGCAGCGAAAACCAAAGAAUUGAACUUACUGUGCUCUCUCAGCGUGUGUUUUGUCUGACAUAGCUCGUGUGGAUUGAAUUGUCUUAAUGAUAACACUUAGAACAGCAGAGUUGACCUGUCAAGUACACAGUACGUAAAGAAGACUGCUUGGUCGAGUGGUGUAUACGCUUUCGGACUGUCGAUGGUGCCGUGUUUAAACCUUGUCCGCUGCCAUAAAUUGCGUGUCCUGCGGGAGGUUUUCGACUAGCAAUGUCCGAAAAUUAUCCAAUAAACAAAAUGUCCAUUGUCUUAGUAUUCAAAAUUAAGUAAAAUUAGUUUUGUUCUCAUUGACAAGAAAAGUUUUGAGAGUGUUGACUGAUGAGUGCAUAGUAAAAACAAGCAAAAUAAAAAA